GCUGCAUCACAUGACCCUGUUCUGGUUUUUACAGCAGCUUUCAGUCCCACUGAGUCAGUGUUGGUCAAAGAGUGAACUCAGGAACAUGGCUUCAUCCUCUGUCAGCUUCUGGAUCCUCCUCAUCACCGUCUGCAGCACAGAUGGAUUCAGGCAUUAUACAACAGAUGUCUGUGACUUUAACUCCACUGAGCUGAAGGACAUCGAGUACAUCAGUUCUUAUUAUUACAACAAGAAGGAGUUCAUCAGGUUCAGCAGCAGUCUGGGUGAAUAUGUUGGAUACACUGAGUUUGGAGUGAAGAACGCAGAAGCAUGGAACAAAGAUCAAGCAGAGCUGAGCGCGAUGAGAGCUCAGAAGGAGACGUACUGCCAACACAACAUUGGUAACUGGUACAGCAACGUUCUGUCUAAAUCAGUUAAGCCCACCAUCAGGCUGUACUCCACGACGCCCCCCUCUGGUCGUCAUCCAUCCAUGCUGGUCUGCAGCGUCUACAACUUCUACCCCAAAACCAUCAAAGUGAGCUGGUUCAGAGACGGGAAGGAGGUCACCUCAGAUGUUACCUCCACCGAGGAGAUGGAGAACGGGAACUGGUACUACCAGAUCCACUCACACCUGGAGUACACACCCAGGUCUGGAGAGAAGAUCUCCUGUGUGGUGGAACACGCCAGCCUGAAAGAACCUCUGAGAACCGACUGGGAUCCGUCCAUGCCUGAGUCUGAGAGGAACAAGAUCGCUAUCGGAGCCUCAGGACUGGUUCUGGGUCUGGUCUUAUCUCUGGCUGGAUUCAUCUACUACAAGAGGAAGGCCCGAGGACGUACUCUGGUUCCAACCACGAACUGAGGAGGGAUCCUGGUCCUGGUCCUGGUUCUAGUCAUAGUUCUGUUUCUGUUUGUCAGAUAGGUGUGAGUUUCUGCUUCAACCUGCUUUCUGUUUUACAGCAGACGAUGAUUAGAUAAAGACUUUGUUAAUCAUUUCCAGCAGAAUCCACAUAGAAAAAUUAGGAGAGGGUCGAGACCUGAUCCAGGACUGGACCUCUGAUACUCAGUUGGUCCUGGUUCUGCUGGUCCUGGACCAGGGUUCAGGUCCUGGUUCUGCUGCUUCUUGUAUCUGCUUCUAAAUCAUGUAAUCAGGACUUUGAUUCUGCUGCAGCUCCUCCGAUUCACAUUCUGACAUUUUUACUGGACGUUUAAUAAACUGUUUCCAACUCUGA